CGCUACAAGCCCGCGUUUAAGACGCGAUAUGGGCAUUUCAAAUGGCUGGUUAUGCCAUUUGGCCUUACGAAUGCCCCGACCACUUUCCAAGCGGCUAUGACAACGGAGUUCAGACACAUGCUGGAUCGAAUCGUACUUAUCUACCUCGACGACAUCCUGGUAUACAGCCGGAGUUUGGACGAGCAUGUGGAACACCUGCGCACCGUUUUGGAGCGGCUACGACAAGCCAAGUACAAAGCCAACCGCGACAAAUGCGAAUUCACGCGGCAGGAGCUGGAGUACUUGGGACAUUAUGUGACACCGCAAGGCAUCUGUCCGCUUGCGGACAAGAUCGAGGCCCUCAGCGUAUGGCCCGAGCCCACCAACACCACGGACGUUCGUUCAUUCAUGGGGUUGGCGGGCUAUUAUCAACGAUUCAUCACCGAAUACUCAAGGAUUGUUGCACCCAUGACGCAAUUACAAUCGCCGAAGGUGCCAUUCGUAUUCGAUGACGACGCACGCCGGUCAUUCCAAGCACUCGAGACGGCCAUGCUCAUGGCACCCGUCCUUAGCAUCUAUGACCCCACCCUGCCGACGAGAGUCACUACGAACGCUUCCGGCUAUGGCAUUGGGGCAGUCUUGGAACAGCACGACGGCGACGACUGGCACCCUGUGGAGUAUUUCAGCCACAAAGUGCCUCCCAUCAACUCGCUUGAUGAUGCAAGGAAGAAGGAGCUGCUCGCAUUUGUCAUGGCUCUCAAGCGAUGGCGGCACUUCCUCCUUGGGCAUCGUAGGUUCACAUGGGUUACGGACAACAACCCACUGACUUACUACAAGCCGCAGGAUACACUAUCUUCGGAUCACCCGCCGGCCAGCCACUAUCGCAUCGUCGAUAGGUACUUGCUCCUGCACUCGCGGGGCAAGGACUUACUAUGUGUCCCACGCGACCACCGUCUUCGGACUCGCCUCCUCGGCGAGUAUCAUGAUUUGCGACUCGCCGGCCAUUUCGGAGUCAAACGCACUAUUGCACGGCUUCGACAGCGAUUCCGAUGGCCCGACCUCAUCACCGACGUCACUAGGUAUUGCGACUCGUGCGAAGUUUGCCGACGAAGCAAACCCCGCAACCGCAACCCCUACGGCGAGCUGCGUCCGAUGUCGAUCCCGCAGGAACCCGGUCUCUCCAUUGCCAUGGAUGUCGUCGGACCAUUCCCCCGCGACCGCCUCAGACACGACGGCAUCCUCACGGUCGUGGACCGAUUGAGUAAGUACGCGCGUUUUCUCCCUUGCAAGUACUACUUCACGGCUCCCGAGUUGGCAAGCCUCCUGCACACCGGCUGGAUUUGCGGCCAUGGUGUACCAGAAGACAUAGUCAGCGACCGCGACACUCGUUUCAUGUCGGCAUUUUGGACUGCGCUCAUGGAGGAGUCCGGCACGAAGAUGAAGCCAAGUUCGGCUCGGCACCCACAGACAGACGGGCAGACGGAGCGGGCACAUCAGACCGCUCCAAUGAUGCUUCGUACGCUCAUCCGUCAGGACCAAAAAGAUUGGGUUGACCGCCUCCCCGACAUCGAGUUCGCCUACAACACUUCGGUGCAUCCGGCGAUCGGCGUGACUCCAUUCGAGUUGCACCUCGGUGGACGGAAAGGUCGUAUCUUCGCCAACCUUCUCCUCCCACGACCAGCCGACAUCCAUGUCGCUUGCUCUCCCGCUUCAGUCCAAAAGUACAGGGAAUUGCUGGCUCAAGCCUGCGCGAAUAUGCAAAAGGCUCAAGUCGGCAUGCAGCAGCAAGCCAACAGGCAUCGCGUGCCAUGUCCCAUCCGCGCCGGCGACCUAGUUUGGGUUUUCACGGAAGAGUUUGCAUUGGAACAGGAUGUCUCACGCAAACUGCUUCCCAAGUGGUUUGGACCAUGGCUCGUAACAUCAGCCGCGGGCGAUGAGCCCGAUGGCCCUUCAUUUGUGAUCAACAUCCCCCCGCGUCUGACGGUCCAUCCAAUCUUUCACGCCUCGAAGCUGGCAACAGCCACGCCAGCUAAGAGCAACGACUUUCCGGGCCAACGAUCGCAGGACCCUCCUUCUAUGGAUGGUCAUCAGGAAGUUGACCGCGUCAUCACCGAUCGCAAGUACGGCAUCAAGCCGUGACAGUACAAAGUUACAUUCAACGCAUGCGAUGGCGACGACACUUGGUGGAUUUCAGGAGCAGAUUUGAAAGCAUCCGCAUUGCUGAUCUACGCGCAUUAUGAGAAGC